AUGAAAAUAGGAUACCCGAAAGGAGAUAACUAUAAGUUGGUAUUGGCAUCACUUCAGCCAUGCCAAAGAGCCUUUAUAGAGUGCUUAACGACAUGCUCAGAUGAUGAUCUAUUAAUACACCUAAGAGCAUUUACACAAUGGGUCUGGGAAAAGAGCGAUGUAAUUUGCUGGGCCUCAGUUUUGAAUCGAUUCGAUGACAUAUUCUCACAUUAUAUAAAAUUUUCCCGGGAUUAUAUAAAAGGAGAAUGUGAAGUUGAUGACGAAAGUUAUUUUAAGGAGGUGGAAUUGGUCAAAAGUGCACUGAGGACGUCGAUCAUGAUUGUGGAAAACUGUGGAUCUAAAAGCACGUAUAAUUCUGUGGACCUGCUCGUGCACCUGCUGGACGAUUUGAACCUGGAAAUUGUAUAUUUAUCAACCAGAAUGCUGUGUGUCUGUUUCAGUAUAAGGAACCUGAGAAAUUCAGUAUUGAAGGAAAUACCGUCAGUAUCACAAAGAUUAUCAACGUUUGUCGCAAACCCACUUCCGGACCGAAAUCUGAAGAUUAAAUCGAGUAACCCGACGAAGUACUCGAGGAAGUUUAACCAGGGUCCAGACUCAGAAUUCUCAGUGUCCUGCCCACUUGUACUCGAGUAUUACAUAAAAUCCCAUCAAUACUGGGUGUCCAAAGAAUCCGAAAUAAAAAUAGAACUUCACAAUAAAUAUCAGGAUAACUUGAUCCACUACUAUAAAAUACCAGUACGCGAAAUUUUAAACCUUGAGUCACUAUCGCAAAACGAAAGUAACGAAAAGUUUGUAAAUUAUUUCUCUAACGAAAAAUUCGUUAGCCGUGCAAAUAGUAUUAUACACUCAAUUGACGAUAACCAACUCUACCUGCACAUUCUAAAGACCUUCAAGUACCUCGUGUCAAAGAAACUAAUUGAUGAAAAAGAUUAUAGCCUGAUUUGCAUGCUGUUGAUAAAUACAGCAUUUUACACUCAAUUUCUAACCCACAACCCAUGCUUUCUGCUAGAGCUGUCUUGGUUCAUCAAGUGCCACGAAUACAUCGACUACUCAACAAUGAUAGUGUCAACUGAGUUGUUAUCGGCGAUGAUAUAUGACGGGAUCCAAUAUAAAACCCUGUCGAAUUUGUUAGGAUUUGGAGUCCCACACGGAAUAUACGUUAAGGUCCUGAAGAGUUAUUUACACCACGAAUACGAAUCGGAGCCCCUGCCGCCGAUACUGAAGAUGAAGUGGCCAGAGCAGUCAGAGUCGAGUACGGCGGCAUCUAAGGAUUUUGACUACAGAACGAAGGACGAGAAGGAAAUUUGUAUGUUACAACCGAGAGGUUACGUGUGUGAGAAUUUAGAGGAUGAUAUUGAUUGGAAAAGUUUGGUACAGAACCCAGAAACAAGGGAACGGAUACUUCACGACGAGGAGAGAAUGAGAGUUCUGCUUCAGCUCCUGGUGGUUUACUACUCGAUAAUUAACUAUCACGGGAGUUGUAGCGCCCUGACGAGCCUGAACGUGCUUGAAAUGUUGGUGAGAUUUACGAGGUGCAGGAACCCAAUAUACACGCCAGUGAUAAUAUACGUGGUCCAGGUGUUGGAGGCAUUAUUGGAUUAUAAUCAGACGGUUUCAAGACUACUUAGAACGGAGCUUCAUUUGUACCACGUUUACAUAUCGAGAAUACAGUUCGACAUGUGUAAGGUAGAGAAGUCGUUGCAUUUUGGAAGUGAGUUGUGUAACAAGAAUAGUUGGCCAAAUGGCUGGAUAUUACCAAAAACAAACGAUGAACAGGAACUCAGAGUAUACUGGCUAUCAUUUAGUGAGUUCAGCGCAAGAAAGUUUCUGUUCAAGAGCAUAAUUAAGGAUAUAUAUUUGGCAACAAGACCCUACUCAGGAAGAGGAGAGAUAAACGACUAUGACUUAUUUGCACCAACUAGUCCGAUGGUUCCAAUAUUUCUAGAAAUACUCAAGAACCCAUUGAGUUACGGGCACGGAGUUUACAGCACAGUGAUUAGCUUAGUUUUGGAUACGAUAAGAGAUGAUCCGGUAUCCCAGGAGGAGAUGCAUAACCUGGGAAUUAUACCAGCACUUUUGAAUUCAAUAAAUGAGGAUACCCUGAAAUCCGAAGAUAGUCUGAACCUGGUUCCAACAGCCAUUUCAGACUUGUUUCUACAUAGGACAGCACAAGAGUAUUAUAAGACCAUGAAGUAUUCGUUUGUACUAAGACUAAUAGACGUAGUAGUAAAACGCGACUUCGUUCUGUUCCACAUGUUUGGAGAAGUAGCGGCAUCAAUCGGACUCUCACUCUGUACAGUUGUAAAACACCACGAAACAGCACAUUCACUCUUCAUCAAGAGACUAAUCAAGGUCAUUUAUAACCUUUUGCUGGAUGCACUCACAUAUCCAAAAUUUAGGCCCAUUUCACGUUAUGUUAGCAAAAUUGAAACUGAUGAAUAUUUGAAUCAGUUUAGAACUAAAUCACCACCAAUGACGUUGGAAACGCUCUCACUGCUAGAUAAAGUAAAACCAAGUGACUUUUAUGCAGACAGGAUAGCAAAUCUGGGCAAAUGCCUGUCGACCUUCCUCUCGCUGAAACAAAGCGUCUCGCAGUUCAUUUCCUGUGACGGGAUCAAGUUACUAAUGCAGUUGUGUACAGUACCAUGCCUACCACCAAUGUUCCCACAAAUCUACCCGCAACACCCGCUAGUACUCAUCAUCAAAUAUCUCACAUCGCAAGCAGCAAUACCCUCAAUCAUACAUUUUCACACCAUAUCACAACAUUAUCUUAACAGCAACGAUACCCACUAUGUCUUGGUUAAUCACAAAAGUGCUGAUAUAACCGGCCCAAUUGAUAUUGUUGACGUCAUUAGUUACGUGGAUAGUGGAUUAGCUGAGGAUUGGAAGAGGUUGUAUAUGACAUAUCACUUCCUGUAUAUGAUCCACAAGGAUAAUUUCAGCCUAUAUUAUACAGGAUGCGCAGGAGCAUACCAACUAAGUGUAGAGUUUGAGAAUUUGUCGACGUGCGAGUUGCACAAUACGCUGACAAUGUGUUUGAACACUCUGAUCAAGGAGUACCCGAGACUUUUAUUCGAGUUGUCCACAAAAAUCCGCGAUGAUAGUGCUUUGAUGGCUGCGAACAGUUACUUGGGGCAUGAACACCCGCAAAUUAGAGCAUAUAAGCAGUACACAUCUGAUAAGAAAAAUGAACAAAAUGACUUAAUUUUCUCAGCAAAUGAUUUGUUCUGGUCGACGCAAUGUUCCUACGCGUACUCAACAGAUGUUACAGUAGAAAAUGAAGUGACUGGAAAAGUACAAAUGGAUAAGUGUGAAGAAUUGCUUGGGCUGGAAUUUUGUAGGUUGAUGAUAGGGAUGUCGAAGUCACUGCUGUUGUCGCUGAACAUGUCAAUAAACGAGGCUGUGGGGAUGACAAGCAACGGAAAUGAGUGCCUAAAGACGUACAUCUGUAAACACUCGCACCAAAUAGUGUCUUUGUUCUUCAGUGUAUUCAACAAUCUCAAUGACAUCACCGCAUCACACUCUUCAACUAGUAGCUUGGAGUAUUUUAGGAAUAUUAGGUACAUUUCAGACAUCUUGGAGUUGGUGUAUAAGUUGUUAAUAGACGAUAGAACGAGUGGAUUUUACGUCCUGACAGCGUGUUUGUUCUCAAGCAGUGGAGGAAUGAAACUGGUGUGCACGUGUUUUGAGUAUGUAUCCACACUGCUCAUGGCGAUAGUGUUUGCAAUGGCGUUAAAGCUGAAUAAUGAACUGACGAUGAAGGAGCUGUUGGGAACGAAACUAGAGUUGGGAUCAUUCCCCAAUAUCGUUGGGCUUAUGUCAGACUUCAAAAACUUGGAAUUUUCAGUACUAAGGAAUUUGUAUAACCCGACCAUCAAGUGUCUCCAAAUCUGCCUCUCACUCUUCUCCAGAUGCACUAACCCAAGAACAAUACUCAACACAAACAUUGAUUCCAAUGUAGUCAAUUUGCUUUCCAAGUACAAUAAGCUGUAUUUCAGUGGUUCAGAAAAAGAAAACCAGAGUUUGGAUGAGAAGUGUAAUAUUGGGAGACUGUUUAAUAGGAUGAUACUGACGUGUGUGAAGUCGUGUUGGAGAUGGUUUGGGUUUUUGGUACACAUGGAGCCAUGUACACCAUCAUCGAGUACCUCAAAUCCAUUCUUUUACAUACCGACAAAGAUUCUAACGUUGCUCCUAAAGGUGCACAUUUACUACCUGGACUAUCUCUCACCGUCAAGACAGCAGGCAUUGAACCUACACUUUGCAAACUCAGUUACUUCAACAACACAAAAUGCUAACUCUGAAGUUUCACCAGGAAUAACUGUGGCCAGGAGGUCUAGAGCGAGGCCAAGAAUGGUUGUGUCGACAAGUGACGACAACUUUGGAAUGUAUCCAGAAGGUGACCCCCAGGACAUCGAGUCUGUGAGGUCAUAUCUAUCAGAAAUGGGCUUUAAUGAGAGAGAGAUAAAUAACGCAAUUUCACAUUGUGGAACCUCAGACAUCCCAACACUAACUGACUGGUUGGUUAGUGUAGGAGAAUUAACACCUGAAAACGUAGAGGUUGCAAACUACUCCCAGGUGCCCGAAGAUGAACAUGUUAACCAAAAAAUACUCCAUCACCUUAACUCGUCAUAUCUACUACACCUCAAUAAUGCUGAUUUCGACACUAAAAUGGAUACAGGACCUGAUUUGAAUAUGAAUAACACAAACUCAAAUUUACAAUUGGAUGGUGCAGAUUCGGAUGACACACGGUUUAAUGAUUUACAGUUGAAUAAUUAUGAAGAUGAGGAUUGCGUUAAGUUAAUGAAUGAGUUGUUUUCAGAAUUGAAGACCCAAAUAAUACCCUACAUACUAAAGUUGGCGCAUUUGACACCAACGUUCCUGCAAACGGCAUAUGACUCGUUAUUCAAGUUGCACUCGUUCAAGGCUAAGUUUUUUUUAUGUGUUGAUAGUGCUGAGGGAGACGACGUGCUAAAGAUGUUUCCACACUACGAGAAAAAUUACGAAACUGACUUCAACUUGCUAAAUUUGAUGAACUUCCUCAUGUCAAAGGUAAUAAAACUAAACAAAAUCCUGCAGGCAAAAUCACUAAAUGUAAAAAAUGAACACCUAUUAUCACUUUUUAGCCCAUUAAUCUUCAUCUACGAAAAUGAAAAACAAUUAGCCCUGGAGCAACUGCUUGAUAAAUUUUCCAAACCUAAUAAUGGAAAUAUUACUGAAAUUUUGGAACAAAACAAGGACCAGGAUGAUAUGAUGUACAAUUAUGUGUUGGGAGUAGAGCACGAGCAUUUACUGUGUUAUUUUUAUUUAUUGUCACAUUUUAUGGCUGGAAAGGAGAAUUAUGCGCACCUGUCUUUGAAACUGAGAGAUUUGAACACAGGCAGACCGAUAAAUAUUCUUAACCAAGUGUUGGAGAUAAUUGAUUUUUUUAUCAAUCUGAGGUCUCAGUGCUUUUCAAAGGGUAUUUUGACUGCCUCGACAUUGGGAUUGAAGCGGAAAUUCGGCUUAUCGAUUCCAAUACCAGAGUGGUGUUUGUCAGGAGAGACAGAGUCCUGGUUCAUUAAGAGAGAGUCUACUGGAAAAUUCGAGUACAAUUCACUCAAAUAUGGUCUCUACGCAACUAAGUGUGUUCCACAGAUUUCAUCGCCUCCGCCGUUUUUCAAGUACGCCCUCAUCUGUGUUCACGAAAUCUUGAAAACUAGGAUUAUUGAGGGGUUACCAACCCACGAACUCAUACUAAACUCACCGUCAGCCUCAGUUGAACCCCAAAACUCACAACAAAACCAAAAGGGGAGUCCAGUAAGGAAUAUUUUAAACAUGAAUUCCAGCUUUUCACUUGAUACCACAAAUUCGCAAUCAGAUAGAGGAGUUUCUAGUCAAUCGAGUGGUUCAGAAUUGAAUAAACAUAAAUUAACAAAGGAUAAAGAAAUAAAAGAGAGUCCGAAUAAGCUAUAUAAGGAGUCAUUGAGAUAUUAUAAGGAUUAUGAAAUACCGGAAACUGUUCAGGAAAAACUUAUGUAUAGUUGCAUGAAGGUACUGGAGAUGUUUCCAGGAUCAGAUAAAGAUGUAACAUUUUCGCUCCUAUCGAUUCUGGAUACAAUUACCGUCUCGUAUAAAAACGCAGAAAAGCUCGUCAAGUUCAAGUCGACAGUUAACAAGUCAACAAUGGAUUUCCUCAAAAUCCUAUUAACAAUUCCAAGAUCAGGUCUCUGUGUUGGUUCACUGAAAAUGGUUUCCCAUAUCAUUCUGCACGUCAUGGAGGAUUAUUCAACGCUCAAAAUAGCUCUCAAAAAUAAAAUCAUACAACUUCUCUUACAAGGCCCGAUAAGUUUUGAUCGUUUAGUGGAUGAGAUAAAUGUGUAUUACAAAAAGUGUCCAAUGAUUCUGAUACAAUUGCUAGACUCAUUGUGCGUAAUCACAGUGGACGAAUCACUGUACCCAAAUGGGAAUAUAUCAAGUGAAAGUUUGUUAAACGAUAUUAACCAGAACGAAAAUCCUAAUAGCGAAAAACAAGUAAUAGAAAAUACUUUGAUAAAUUCGGAGAAUAAAGUAUACAAGGUGAAGGAUCUAUUUAUAAGCUUGAAGAACCAUGAUUUUGUUAAGGACAUGGUGUCAUUUGAGGAGUCUGAUUUCACGGUUUCUGAUACUUCUGAGUACAAGCUAGAUAAGAAAAGAUUAUUCCAGAUACUCAAAACAAUAAUCGAGUUCUUACACAUGGCCUCAAAUCUACAAGGAAUAACAUACUCGGAAAAAGAUUUAACCAUUAAAGAUUCACAACACUUGCCCAUUAACUUAAAAGUAAAAUCAGAUAGGAUGCAAUACCCGUAUUCGUUUGAUUUGAACAGUUAUUUCUUCCUGUUUAAUUUAAUUAACCAUAACUUCCCACUACCACUGUUAUACCCAGAGAUGGUUUCAACAUUGCCACCUGAAAUACAAUUGAAGACGUUCCCAUACAAGUUGGACAAGCUUGACAAGUAUAACGUCAGGUCGCUCCUGAUAUACGUAACGAGGAAUAUAUUUGACAUGAUUUGCUCAUUGGUGAUACCGAGUAACAUGUCAAUGCAAAUUACAGACCUGAGCUUUGAUUUGGUGCAGAAGAUUAUUACAGAUUCUCUGGAUAAUUAUUCUACAGCACUAAUGUUAUUUUCGUCCAAGAAUGUUGAGACAUGCACGUGCGUGAUAGAAGAGAUAGCUCACGUUUUGCACUACAUUUCAGGCCUAAACACAUCUGACACUGGACCGUAUUUUGUACCAAUUGCAGUAUACACGCUCUGUAACCUACUAAACAACUUGUUGCUGCUGAGGUUUAAGAAGUGUUUUGACCUUACGGAAGUCCUGUCGAAGCUGAAAAGAGUGCUUUGCCAGAUAAUAGGAAAGCUUGAGAUACCAAGGAACGAGACGAGAAUAGUGUGUUUAUCAAUCACGAGAGUAUUGGUGCUUUUAACAGCUUCAGGAACGGCAUCUUUUGGACGCUCAGUUGGUUCAGAAAGAGUUAACCAUUAUGGAGAAAGAAAUGGUGACUCGGAUUUAAGUGAAGGAGAAGAGGAUGAAACAGCAUUGGUGGUGGAACUUGAAGAGUCCGACGAAGAUAAUAUGGAUAUGGACUCACAUGAAUCAGAUGAAGAUAUUGAUGAAAUGGAUGAAAUGGAAGAAAGUGAAGAAAUUGAGGAAAGUGAUACAGGAACUAAUUCGGGAGACAUGUUAAUAGAUGUAGACAGUAGUGGUGAAGAAACGGGAGAGUCGUCAGAUAGUGAGAAUGUAAUGGAUGAUGUAGAAGUUUCAGAUGAUGAGGCGAAUGAAGAAGUUGCACUGCCACACGAGGUUGAGGAGGACUACAACUCAAAUCAGUAUUCAGAGACCGUAACGACAUCAAGUAUUGAAGAUUUGGAAGAGGAAGAAGAAGAUGAUGGGCCCAGGAUCAGAGUUGCAGGAGAAAUAGACGAAACAUCGAGAAAUGAACAUAGUCAAAUUAUUGACACCACAACUAACAUUUCAAUACCUGAGGAUAACGAAUCUGACUCCAGUAUUGAUGAAUUUCAGGCUGAUUUUACCGUUAACACAGAUAAUCCAAAUUCCUCAAAUAUGAAUAAUAUUAUUAACAAUAAUAAUAUUAGAAUUAGUGAUCGAAGUGAUGUUCAAAAUGGAUUAGAUGGGCAUUCAAUACAAAUUGAAAUACAGUUGACAAAUAAUCAGAAUCUGAGUAUAAUUGAUCCAUCAGGAGCUCUUUUCGGGUUAAACCAGCCAGUUUCAGCCACCAACAACUUCAAUAAUGCAACUUCAGAUAGGAUAUCAAAUGACAGAGUUAUUUCAUUCAACACUUUUGGAAAUAUAAACCUUAACAAUAAUAAUCAGAGGGACAGUAAUACUUAUAGGGUUGAUUUAGGGAAUCAAAGGAAUCAAGGCGUUGACCAGAGAGUUGAUCAGGGUGCUCGAGGUGACACUUGGUCAAAUGUAGGUGAUUUAGACUUGUUUUUGAAGAAUCCGGUUUUACCCCAAUUUAAAAAAUCGUCAAAUUAUGAGCCAUAUGACCCAAUGCAUCCACUAUACCUACUAAUCCUGAAAAAGCUCAAAAUCAUCAAAGUAAACUCCAAUCAGCCAGAAGAAAAUAUACAAGAGGAUACUGAAAAGGUUGAACAAAAUAUACAGGAGGACAUAGAAAUAGUUGAUCAAAAUAUGCAACAAGAUACUGAGGUCACUGAACAAUCUACUCAACAAAUUCCAACAACUGAACAACCAACUGAACCUACUGAAAAUGCUUCAAACAACACUGUAUCAGAACCGCAACAAUCCAAUCGACAAGAAAUAGAUUCUGAAGGUAGAUAUUAUAAUAGAGCGUUAGAAGUGAUAGCAAAUGCAUUGGGAAUAACAUACGGAGACUUGUUCACAUUGGCGAAUAUGGACCCAGGAGUAAUAGCAGAACUACCAGAGGAUAUAAGAGAAGAAAUCAUAGUACACCAACUGAAUACUAUUACUGUAGAUGCAGUAGCGACUGUAAGACAGUCAAGAUUAUCUUCUGGGGAAAGAACGACAACGCCACUACAAGCUGAAGGCGAGAACUUGAGAAUUGAUAUGCAGUAUUUGGAAUCACUGCCAAGAAGCCUGAGAUUAGAUGUGACGAGAGCUUUGUACGGAGAAAAUUCAACCGCAGCAAAUGAAAUCAACGCAUCACUUGACCUGGAAGCAGACCACUCAAGUUUAUUGGCAGCACUCGGGCCUUUUUUCAGAUCGGAAGGGUUUGGCUCAGUAAAUGAUUUCUUGAACAAUUUGGCAUCAAGUUUAGGACAGAACAGUGAUGAUAAUGUACACCCAAUACUCUUUGAAGCAGUAAGAUCAAGGUUAGAAAUACCAACUAAUCCGAAUUCCAACAACUCUAACGCGGCAAAUAAUACCCGAAACACUGUUAAUACCCAUAGCACUAACGUGAAUCCCAAUAAUAAUAUGUCGAAUCGUGGAAUAGAUUUAGACUCCCGCUACUUUUCCAGUGAAGGGUUGAUACUUCCACUUUCGGAAGACGGAGGAAUAGGUGGACCACCAAUUGCAGUGGUUAGAGAUUUAAGUAGGAAUACCACAAACCAAAGACCUCUAAACGCUUCUGAAGGAGAAACUGGAAGAACAGGACUAACUCUGGGGUUCAUAAUAGGAGAAGUGUCAAGACAAAAUAAUAUUAACCGUAGAAUUAACAGGCCGUCAUUGGGUUCAAUUAACAGGAAUUCAAUGAGUUUGAUAAAUAGGAAUUCAGUAAAUCCAGUUAAUAGGACAUCAAUAAGUGGAAUUAAUGUUAAUACAAUCAACUCAGUUAAUAGACCAGCAUUAAAUUCACUUAACAGAAAUACGCUAAAUGCAUCAAAUAGAUCAGGUUUAAACCCAGUUGGUAGAUCAACAAUGAACCCAAUAAAUAGAGGAACAGUUAACGGUAUAAUUAGAGGAGGAAGAUUGGAAUUGACGGAUGAGAUGUUUUUAAUGCCUGGAAGGGGGUUUAGAAUGGCAAGGUUGAAUGAGCCUUUGAACCAGAUCUCAUUUUCAGGUCCCGAGACUUUAGGUUUAGAUUCAGUUGACGAUAGACAUAGUUUGGACGCAAGGUUACUUCAGACGAUUCCCCAAAUUCUGAAUUCAAUUGAUCCAACGAUGUUUGAACUGUUCCCCCAACGAGUUAACCAAAAUGAAAAUAACGACGUCCUGCUCAAUGAAAACUGUGAUUCCAUUUUAGAAAAUAUAAUCAAACUCAUCCCCAAAUCCAUAUGCUCGACACAAACGAAAAGUACAAACACUAUAUCAAGUCAAUCCAAAAGUACAACAAAUGGUACAACACAACCCACUGUUUCAAAUGUCGACACUGACGAUUCAAACGAGGAUCAAAUUGAUAAGAGCAUUGGUAUGAUGGGAUGUGGAGGUGAUAUGGACACAACGAGUUUACUGAGUAUAUGUAAGAUGUUCUUUUUGCCAGUGGAGAUGAAUAAAAGAAUCUUCUUCAAGUUGUUGCAUAACAUAUCAUUAGGGCCUUCACAAGGAGAUUUGAUGAAGAUGCUCCUGUACAUUUUGAAGGAGGCGAUCUUGGGAGUAGAUACUGAGUAUGAAUGCCCAGAUAUCGAUGAGACAUUUUUCAGAAACAUGCCCAAAUCACAUUUCUCAAAUCAUUCAGACUGGGUUAAUAGAACGAAAGUAUCACUUGAACCGAAUUUUACAAAUAGCAUAAUGACAGUUUUUGACUCAAAAGUCACAAUUGACUAUUAUAACUUCAGUUAUAUAUGCUCAGAAAGAGUUUUGGAACAACUCAGAAGUAUCCUAAUAGCGCUUCCAACGACGAUCAUAACACUCUCCAGACCAAUUUUCCACAGUGUAGAAACAUCAGUCCAUGACCUUAAAAGAAAGAAAAAAAGGUUCGGCCAAGUAAUCACUAAUUUAUCAGAUAUCGCAAAUGUCUCAGUAGCGGUUUGUAACCCGAUAGAUUUGUUGUUUUACGCAACAGCCACAAACUUGUUCCAAUCGAGUGUCAAACAUAUGAACCAUUUGUUGAUGCUGAUACACAAUUUAAUAGUGUACAGAUCAGGAGUUAACUUUAAUGGCCUGGACGAUGGAAUUUUGCCAAAUGUAAUUGAUAGACCAACAAUAAGCGAGAAUGAACAUUCUGAAAUAUUAGAGUCACUAAGCGAAGAAGCACUGGGUGCGUUUUUGCGAAUAUACACUUCAUUCACGUGCCAAAGCACAUGGCUACAAAUGUGUAACACCAAGGACGCAAAUGCACAAACACAACUCGAAGUCAUAUCACAAAUUAUAUCAGUGCUGCUUAAAGGCAAACACAGACAUUUCGUAAUUGAAGGCUUGACUGAAAAGUUUCAACUCAUAUCAUCACUGCUGUCUGAAAGGCUAUCAAACCUUACUGGCUCAAUUGUAUUUGAUUAUCAAAUUGAGCCACUAAUACACACAUUACUGAGGAUCACACAACUGGUCAACAGCAUAAAUAUUAGAGUUUCCGACAAUGAUGAUAUAGUUCAACCGAACGAUAGCGUGGGUUUUGAGUUUUUCAGGAAAAUGGAUUCUGGAACAUUGGAGACGUUGUGGAACAGGUUGGAUGAAUGUUUAGUAUAUUUGACGGAAGAGAGUAUGGCAAGGAAUUUUACGGGAGAUUUUUACAAGGAGACGCACAUUGAGAACCAGCACUACUUUGACAUGCUAAGGAGCCUAAUUCCACUAAUCGAGGUCCUUUUCAUUAUUUCGCAGCUGUUCAUAGCGCACGAUUACGGCGUCCCUGACCUGAAAUUUGAUAUAAUUUUGGCAAACUUGAAUUAUGAAAGUUUCUACAAAUAUCAAAAUUUAUCUUCCACCUCAUCAAACAGAAAAUUCAGUAAUGACAUGAGUCAAUCAGAUUUUAAUGACAUGAGUCAAUCAGAUUUUAAUAAAAUGAGUCAAUCGGAUUUUAAAAUGGGUCAAUCAGAUGUUGGAAGAAUGAGUAAUUUGGCUGACGAUGAAGAUAUGAUAGAGAUAAGUGAGAACCAUUUACUGAUGAUGAAUUUCGUGGAGAAGCAUAAGCGUUUGUUGAAUUUGUUUAUAAAACAAACUCCAUCACUGCUUAAUGGUACAUUCAUGCCCAUGAUAAGGCUGACGCCAAUGUGCCUGAGCUUUGAUAUCAAGAGGCAGUACUUUAGACAAAAGUUAAGAGAAGGAAGAGUAGGUUUGAGAAUAGACCCAAUAAAGAUAAAUGUAAGGAGACAACAUGUGUUUCUGGAUAGUUACCACCAACUUAGGCUGAAAACAAGUGACGAGAUGAAAGGGAAGUUAAGUGUUUCAUUUGGAGGAGAGGAAGGAGUUGACGCAGGCGGACUUACUAGGGAAUGGUACACAAUUUUAUCAAAGGAGUUUUUUAAUCCUAAUUACGCACUUUUUACUCGGGAAGGGAGGAAACAAGAGUUUAACCACCCAAACCCACUCUCAGCAAUAAACCCAGACCACCUAAACUACUUCAAGUUUAUCGGUCGAGUGAUUGGGAAGGCUCUGUACGACGGCCACCACAUGGAAGCAUACUUUUGCAGAUCGUUUUACAAACACAUGCUUGGCUCGAGAAUCACACCUUGUGAUGCUGAGUCGGUGGACCCGCAGUUCUACAACAACCUUAUUAGCAUUAGGAACUGUAGCUUGGAACAGCUGGGUCUUGAGUUAUACUUUAGCACUGAAAUCGACGAGUUUGGCAAGGUCAAGAUCAUUGAUUUGGUGCCAAACGGCAGGAACAUUCUAGUCACUGACGAGAACAAACACAAAUACAUCCAACUGCUCUGCAGACACAAGGUCACUAAUGGGAUCAAGGAACAGCUCGACGCCUUUAUGCAGGGCUUCCGUGAACUCAUUUCGCCUGAACUCAUUAGCAUCUUCGAUGACCGGGAACUCGAACUGCUAAUUUCCGGCAUUCCCAUCAUUGACCUUGAGAACAUGAAGCAGAAUGUUGAGUACAUUAACUACACUGAGGAGAGUCUACAGAUUAUUUGGCUUUGGGAGAUCUUGUCUGAGUUUGACCAGAGUCACCUUGCUGCCUUUUUACAGUUUGUCACUGGCACCAGCAGGGUUCCCAUUGGUGGUUUCAAGAACCUCAUGGGCAUGCGUGGUCCUCAGAAAAUUUCAAUUCACAAGACUUUCGGUCAGGACCGUCUUCCUACCGCUCACACCUGCUUCAAUCAGUUGGACUUGCCUUGUUAUCCCAGUCGUGAGAUGUUAAAAUCUAAGCUUUUGCAGGCUAUUUUAGAGGGCAAGGAGGGUUUUGGCUUUAUGUAA